AUGGCGACACCCAAAAACACUCCCAGAGGUGCAAACACACCAAUAUCCCCCAACCGUAUCACCCGACUCCAGGAGAAGGAGGAUCUGUCCAACCUCAAUGAUCGGCUGGCUGUCUACAUCGACAAGGUGCGCUUUCUGGAGACCGAGAAUGCCGGCCUCCGUCUGCGCAUCACUGAGUCAGAGACAGAGGUCAGUCGGGAGCUGACGGGCCUGAAAGCCGCUUAUGAGACCGAGCUGGCAGAUGCCCGUCAGACUCUGGACUCUGUGGCCAAAGAGAGAGCACGUCUGCAGCUGGAGCUGGGCAAGCUCCGAGAAGACCACAAGGAGCUGAAAGCAAGGAACACCAAAAAGGAGUCAGACUUGGCCGGAGCGUUGCAGAGGCUCAAAGACCUGGAGGCUCUGCUGAACUCAAAGGAUGCAUCUUUGACUACGGCUCUGGGAGAGAAGCGUAACCUUGAGGUGGAGAACAGGGACCUGAAGGCGCAGGUUGCCAAGCUGGACACCAGUUUGGGCGAUGCCAAGAAGAAGCUGCAGGAUGAGAUGCUGAGGAGGGUGGACGGAGAGAAUCGCAUUCAGACCCUCAAAGAGGAGCUGGAGUUUCAGAAGAACCUCCACUCUGAGGAACUGCGGGAGACAAAGCGUCGUCAUGAGUCUCGCAUGGUUGAAUUGGACAAUGGGCACCAGCAGGAUUUUGAAAGCAAGUUGGCGGAGGCGCUGGUAGAGAUGCGUAGCCAGCACGAACUGCAGAUCCAAAUGUACAAGGAUGAGAUUGAGAAGACCUACAAUGCCAAGCUGGAUAAUGCUCGUCAGUCAGCGGACAGGAGCAGCCACCUGGUUGGAGCAGCACAUGAGGAGCUCCAGCAGACACGAAUCCGCCUGGAGUCCAUGUCCUCUCAGCUCAGCCAGCUGCAGAAACAGCUGGCGGCCCGUGAGGCAAAGGUAAGGGACCUGGAGGAUGCACUGUCUCGGGAGCGGGACACCACACGUCGCAUGCUCAGUGAGAAAGACAGAGAAAUGGCAGAAAUGAGGCAGCAAAUGCAACAGCAGCUGGAUGAGUACCAGGAGCUCCUGGAUGUCAAGUUGGCUCUGGAUAUGGAGAUAUGCGCUUACAGGAAGCUGCUGGAGGGAGAGGAACAGAGACUGCGUCUCUCCCCCAGUCCUCCACCCACCAAAGUGACAGGAAGUCGUUCCUCUACUUCAGGAGCUCACUCUCGAUCGGUCCACUGCAGCUCUCUGAGCUCUCCUGGCAAGAGGCGACGUCCCAAUGACACAGACAGUGAGGCUUCGAGCUUUGCAGGUGGAGCUGUGGCCCGCACUCGCAUCACCCAGCAGGCCUCAGCAAGUGGACGGGUCACUGUGGACGAGGUGGACCUGGAAGGGAAAUAUGUCAGACUCAGCAACAAAGCAGAUGAGGAUCAGAAUUUGGGGAACUGGCAGAUGAAGCGCCAGGUGGGAUCCGGUGCCCCCAUCAUCUUCAAGUUCCCGGUAAAAUUCACCUUGAAGGCCGGCCAGAGGGUCACAAUCUGGGCCUCUGGUGCUGGUGUAACCCACAAUCCUCCAUCUGACCUGGUGUGGAAGACUCAGGCCUCUUGGGGCACUGGAGACGUGUUCCAGACCACCCUAAUCAGUGCCAACGGAGAGGAAAUGGCAAUGAGGAAGGUCACCCGCACACAGUUUGAAGAAGAGGAUGAUGACAUGGUGGCUCACAGCACCUGUGGGGACAGCGAGUACAACCUGCGGAGCCGCACGGUGCUAUGCGGCUCCUGUGGACUGCCUUCAGACAAAUCCAGCAACUGCUCCGUGACCUCAGGCUCCCGCUCCUUCCGCAGCGGAGGCAUCUCCGAGGGUUUACUGCCGCACUCCUACGUGUUCAGCAGCAGCACUCCUCGCAAGACUGGAGCCAGGAUGGAGAGCUGUCCAAUUAUGUGAGCCCCUGGACCCAUGCUGAAACAUUUCAGUUCUAUUAGGUCUCAGUUAUUAGUUCUUUAGUUACCAGUUGUAGUUAUUAAGUUCAAUUCACGUACUUUGGAAUCAUUUUAAAGAUAUCAUAUGCAAUAAAUCUUUAUUUAGCUUUUUUUUAUAAUGUACAUAGGCAUGCAUUGAAAUAUUUUCUUGAUUUUAAAUGGUGAUUAAAGCAGUUAAUUCUGGUAACACUAAGGGUUGGAAAUUUAUACCUGGCUUCCACCUAGUAAAAUAUGAACCUACCAGUUACUUUAAGUACUUACAACAGCAGUUUUUUGGCUCAUUCAUUCGGCAAACCUUACUUACUGGUAAAACAAAUAAAAGUUGGUGAUAUCAACAGCUACUGUUGCUGGUAGAAAAAAGCAUACUUCCUUGUUAACUACCACAGUUAAAUCAUAUUUUCAUUACAUUCCGCAAACAUACUGGUGCAACAGCGUUGCAGUAAACGCAUUUAUAUUUACAUUUAUUUUGAAUAGAAUUUACUUAAAGGAAGUUGACCCCAACCUUUCUACAGAUCAACAGAAUAUUGUUAAUUUUUCCCGAUAUCAAUAAACACAUUUUCUGAA